AUGCCUUCAGCUAUUCAAAGUCAGAUGGACCUGCUGUGGCGUCGUUACGAUGACCUAGCGCACGAAUUAUCGCACAACGACGGUAGCUUUUCAUCAGACAAGAUCACAACUUUGUCGAUUGAAAUGGCAGAGCUGGAACCCAAAGUGACGGUAGUACGUGAAUUGCAAAAUCAGCAAAACGCGGUGAAAGAGCUGGAUGAAAUGAUUGCUGAGCAGGCGGAAAGUGAUGACCCGGACGCCACGGAGCUGCGUCGUAUGGCGGAGGAUGAGCGUCGAGAGUUGUUGAUAGGUAUCAACCGACUAGAGAAUGAGGUCGUCCGGAUCAUGCUGCCACGUGACGAAGUAGACGAAAAUAGCUCGAUUGUGGAAAUACGGGCUGGUACCGGUGGCGAUGAGGCCUGUCUGUUUGCUGCGGACAUUCUUAAGAUGUAUCAGAAGGUAGCGCUGGCCAAAGGGUGGAAGUUUGAGAUUAUGAGUUUAUCCGAGACGGACCUGGGUGGCUGUAAGGAGUGCGUUUGCUCGCUUACAGGUCGUGGUGCCUACGGUCGCAUGAAGUUUGAAAGCGGUGUCCAUCGUGUGCAGCGCGUACCAGUGAACGACGUUCGCGUACACACGAGUGCCGUGUCUGUGGUUGUAUUGCCAGAAGCUGAAGAUAUCGAGGUGGAUAUGGAUCCAAAGGACCUUCGCAUUGAUGUGUAUCGUGCGUCCGGUGCCGGCGGUCAGCACGUUAAUACGACUGAAAGCGCAGUACGCGUUACGCACAUCCCUACGGGCAUUGUAGCAGCAGUUCAGGACGAACGAUCGCAACAUCAGAACAAAGCCAAGGCGCUUAAAAUUCUGCGUGCACGUGUCUUUGAUGCCGUCCGUCGGAAACGCGACGCUGAACGUCAGACUAUGCGAAAUUUGCAGGUAGGCUCCGGAGACCGCUCUGAGCGCGUUCGCACCUACAACUUCCCGCAGAGCCGCGUGAGCGACCAUCGCGUAAAUGUGACAGUCUUUGGCAUCGAGCGGAUGCUGAAUGGCGAACUACUGGACGACAUUGUGGACGCGCUAGUGGUUGACGAGCAGAAUUACUUGCUCCAACAGCUUGAGACCGAAUCGGAGACGUCAUAG